AUGCAUUCCCAAGCUCUUUUCGUAGCUUCUUUGGUAGGCCUUGCAGCCUCAGCUACCACCAACACAAACCUCCAAACCUCCUUCCCCACGCCUUCCAGCACCACCAACUUGGCCGCCGUCAAGACCAUUGCGGCUGGUCAAUCAUUCGACGGAGGAAUGAUGCAAUGGGACCGCAACCCAUCCACCUGCAAUGACCAAGCCGAAGGCGGCGACGCCGACGCAGUCUUCCUCCUGCAAGCCGGCGCCACUCUUUCCAACGCCAUCAUCGGCCCCAACAACGGCGAGGGCGUCCACUGCCUGGGCACCUGCACGCUCAACAACGUCUGGUGGACCGACGUCUGCGAGGACGCCGCUACGUUCAAGCAGAGUUCCGGGACCAGCUACGUGAACGGCGGAGGAGCCCGGAAGGCGAGCGACAAGGUGCUGCAGCACAACGGCGGAGGCACCGUGGCGGUGAAGAACUUCUUCGCUCAAGAUGUCGGCAAGGUGUAUCGGAGCUGCGGCAACUGCGGGACGCAGUAUGCGAGGAAGUCGACUUUCGACAACAUCAAGGCUGACGGAGCUGAUGUGGUGGCGGGCAUCAACGGAAAUCUUGGAGAUACAACCACCAUCAAGAACUCGUGUUUGCUUGACAGCGCGGCCUGCUGGCUGUACAAGGGCGUCACUAGUGGCGAGCCUAGCAAGACUGCUUCUGUUCCAGAUGGACAGGUCUGCGCGACUAGUGCUGUGAAGACGAGCGGCUGCUGA